UCUACUCCUCUCGGAUUUAGGUAGGUAUAUCACCAAGUGAACCAUCGCGGACGGCUUCAGUAUCAUCUUCGACUACCCCUUCACUUUUAGCCCGAAGUAUGUUCCUAGUGUCAUUUCACUUGCUUAGUUAUCGUUACAGUGAUUGAUCGUGUGACGACUUCAUUUUUAAUUAUUUUUAAUUAAUUACUUUACUUUUACAAAUUUUCCGACUGAAUUUAUUCCUUUGAUGUGUGAAGUUAAAGUGAAAAAACGAAAGAUGAAGUGGUAAGGAAGUAGUUACGUGGUUUGCAUAAUCUGUUAUAUCGGAAAUUGAAUUAAAUAAAAUGAAACCUUUUUAACGAAAUCUUAAAAAAUAUAAUAUAAAGAAAGGAAGAACUCGCAUUCCCGGUACAAUGAAGGCGAUUAUUGGAAUAGAAUUACGAUUAAUUCUUAUUGCCGUAUUUCUUUUAAUUUCUGCCGUCGCAGAGAAGCGAAAACGGCAGAUAUUCAGGGAACAGGUAUUGCCGGCAUUGGGCGGGAAGAUACCGGAAGAGGCUUUCAGAAUGGAUCGUUUAGCUCUGAAUCGUUUGAACAAAGACGGAAUCACGGUACCCGACGGAAUAACUUACCACGCUCGAAACAUGCACAGCCAUAAUCAACGUGUCCAAACGAUGCCGGAGAUAAUAAAAGUAUCUGUAACACCGGAUGGACGUUAUAUUACUCCGGAGAACAAAUUUCAUCAUCACUAUAAUCGAGCGAACACUAUCGACACUACUUACGUUAUACGCGCACCGUAUUCGCGAUUCAAUAACCAUAAACAUCACACAGACAGUAAUUACUUUGGAAAGGAAAAUCGUGAUUUUUCGAACAAACAAGUAUUCGGAACAACAAACAACUUCGCGAAUUUCAGACAAUUUCUACCGAUAAUACCACCAUCGAAACCGGGCAUUUAUAAGUCUAUCGUGGCACCUAUACUUCCUGUACUUCCGGUUAAUACCGAGUUCCUUGGAGGUAGCUACAUAUCACCGUCGUGGAAUUACGAAUGGAAUCCAGUUUAUCAACCGUUCAACGAUUACAUCGUGGGUGACAUCGCGUUCUUUAACGCCCAUCAGAUUAUCACUGAUUAUCAAGGUUUUUUAAACAAGUUUCGUUCGGGGGAACGUACCCCGAGGCACGUCGAUUUCCACUCAACUACGUAUUCACCUCAAAUUCGAAGAAACGAGUCGAGAAGAAGAUCUUAUUAAUUACUAUUUAAACAAAAGAAAUAAAUAAUACAAGGGCGUGACCA